UCGGGAGGAGGAGGGCUCUAGGUCUGGGAGGAGAUUCUGGAGGAUCGGGAUCGGAUCCAGCAGCGAUGUUGUCGGACAAAGUCCUGAAGAUCCAGAUAUUGAUAUUAAUUCUUUUGGGGAUUAAACUGUAAUCGGAUUAAUUUUGAAGUGAACUCUGCUGGAUUAUAAAACUGGAUGUUUGUGGAAUCUAAACAGAGGAAUAGAAGUGUAAACACUAACAGUAUAUCUCUAUGUAACUGUUUCUGCAUUCUUCACUACAGGAGUCCUGAACCACAUCACCUCCUCCGGUCACAUCUCCGGCAGCCUCCUCCGCCCCCAGACUGACCCUGGAAAUAACAUCUCCCCAAAACAUAAAAGUCUGGGCAGGAAAUUAAUAGCAGUUGUUCCGUCUCCACCGACCCAGAGGAAGUAAUAUCACACUGAGGAUUUAUUCUAAAGUCUGCAUCUGGAGCUGUUUCCUCUCCUGAGUGGAGAGAGUCUCACCUGAGGCAGGUCUCACCUGAGGCAGGUCUCCGUGUCUCCGGCGCUCAGCAUGAAGCUCUGAGGAGGAUUUAAAUAAAGCUGGUUCAAACAGGAGAAAGAGGAGGAGGAGGAAGAGGAGGAAGAGGAGGAUGGGGAAGGAGCAGGACCUGCUGCAGGCAGUGAAGAGUGGAGACCUGCUGUCCACUCAGAAGCUGCUGUCCAAACUCAAAGCCAACAGGAACAAGUUACUGGGCUCCACCAAGAGACUGAAUGUGAACUACCAGGACUCAGACGGGUUCUCGGCGCUGCACCACGCCGCCCUCACCGGGACCACGGAGCUGCUGUCGGCACUGCUGGAGGCUCAGGCCACCGUGGACGUCAAGGACAGCAACGGGAUGCGUCCGCUGCAUUACGCAGCCUGGCAGGGGAAAGCUGACUCGGUCCUGAUGCUGCUUCGCUCCGGAGCGUCUGUGAACGGCGUUUCUCUGGACGGACACAUCCCGCUGCAUCUGGCGGCUCAGUACGGACACUACCAGGUUGUGAGUACACCUCCACUCCGUCAUGACUCAUAACACUCUAACCCUAACCCUCUAACCCUAACCCUAUAACCCUAACCCUAUAACCCUAUAACCCUAACCCUAUAACCCUAACCCUAUAACCCUAUAACCCUAACCCUAUAACCCUUACUCACUCCGUCAUGAUUCAUAACACUCUAACACCCUAACCCUCUAACCCUAACCCUAUAACCCUCUAACCCUAACACUCUAACCCUAACCCUCUAACCCU